UGUCUUUACGUACUCACCCACCGAGUAUUCUGGAUAUGGCACCCUUUUGUGCUGGAGUCAAAACAGCCUUGGUGUUCAAAGAGAGCCCUGUACCAUAAGAAUAGUGCCAGCAGGUGCUCCCGAAGCUCCUCAUGAUUGUUUUAUAUCAAAUCGUACCUCUACAUCAAUACACGUGGAAUGUGAAGCAGGAUAUAAUGGUAGUUUAUCUCAAACAUUUCAUAUGGAAGUUUAUAAUUCAUUAAUUGAGCACAUGGUGCAUAAUUUGUCAAGAACGGAGAAGCCUAGUUUUAGAGUGAAUGAUCUAAGUCCUGGUACUUCCUAUGUGUUGGUAAUAUAUUCAAGUAAUAUCAAAGGAAAGAGCAAUUCUGUUGCCUUGGUUGCCGCAACUCCACUACCGGCAGAGAAAAGAACAGCUCAAGACAGUCAGUCUUCUAUGAGCCCAAUUAUCAUCAUAAUGAUUGGAGUUGUUGCUAUUUUUGUAGUUUUGGCUUUAGUUAUCCUUUUUAUUAUUAAAACUCAACUAUCACAACAAAGAGACUCUAAAGAUAACCCACUCCCGGACUCGACAUUAGGUUGCGAUGUACCUAAGAAAGAAUUGGAAGAAAGCCAGGAUGCAAGCGAGAAGGGCCCUGAUAUUAUUCCUUUGUCUAUAGAAGCUGAAGUAUUUUUUACGGGUCGCAUUGCGGAUGAUGCGCUGUAUUGUGAUAAACCAGAUACUUCAAGGUCUGAAUACGUUCGCCAGAAAUACACAGACACAGUUUUAUAACAAAGCACACAACUAUGAAUAUGUGAAUUUGGAAAAAGAAUGAACUGCACUUGAGCAGUAAAACAGGAUGCGCAGGAAAGUGUGUUUAAAAGGCUCCUAUCAGCUAUGCAAAUUAGUAAUGAAACGUUAAAAAAAAAGAAACUAACGUGUGUUACAUGCAUUGGUUUUUCAGUAAUCGUUUCGGGGGAUUUCAACUUAGCAUUUUCAAGUAACAUGCCCAACACAUAAGAAUAUGCGCGGAAGUCUUUUUUGGCAGUACCUUUGCUUUUCAAGGCAAAGAAAAGGAAAAUUACAGAUUUCAUCUGCGUGGUACUCGAUAUACCUGUGAAAGCUGCGGAUUAUGAAACUCCCCCUGAUAUUUUACUAAGCUUUGGAUAUAAAGAAGAUACAGACGAACAAAGCUACAAAAUGUGUUUUGGCGCCGGAUGAAAAAGAACAACUCGUGUACUAGUUUGUACAUUGAGUACUUUACAGAAGUCAGGAUGAUGAAAACUGCUCACACAAUAGUUUAAUAGGAACAAAUGAAGUGCCAUGAUUUUUUUAUUUCAGUUGGAAAUAAUUGAAAACACGACAAUAAUGGUUUAUAACGUGAAACUUUUAUUGCAAAUGAUACAACAAUAUGUAAAAUACAAUAAUUUAAGGAAUGUGUACUGUUUUAAAGUGUUUUUUUUUUUCAUUUGAUCCUUGAAUAACAUGUGCCACCUAAAAUAUGCCUUAUGAUAAAAGACAAUUGCAUUAUUGUCCUAAUAUUUUUCUAAGACUCAUUUUGUGCUUUUGUUAAUUACACGU